UGAGUUAGAGGGGCGGGGGAAGGGUGGGGGAGGGGGCCUGCGCCCCGUGCGGGGUAACCCUGUCCUGCUCCCGCAGCCUCUGGUCCCUGCCACCCGGCCCCAGCCGAGACCACCUUUCUGCUGUACCCCAGCUCGCCAGAGCCAGCGCCUGGGCUCUGAGGGACGGCGAUGGCGGACCAAGGCGAAACCCGCCGAGGAGGCAGCGCUGCGGGCUCCCUGCGCCCGGGGCCGCGGCUCACCUGCGGGCGGCGGACUCGGGGAUCGGCCCUGAGGUGCGGAGGCAGCGGCCACGAGUGCGGGCCCGCCGCGGGCGGAUUACUGCAGCGGCAUCAGGGGCUGCGGCUGCAGUGGCGAAGGCGGCGUCGGGCGCGUCCCGCUUCCCAGACUCGCAGCGUUCCGGGGCCCCACCGCCCCCGCCAACAGCUGGCCGGGUCACGUGACGGCGGGCCCGCCCUCCCUUCUGCCCCUCCCGUCCCCUCCCCUCCCUGCGCUCCCAUCCCGGCCCCCCUCUGGCCUCCCGGGCCGCGGUGCUGCGCUCCGCCUGCUGGAGGGGCGGCCCAGGGACUGACUUCGUCGACAACUGGCUCCUCUUUGCUUUUUAUUUCUCAGUUGCGGCUCUCCCAAAACAGAGACCUGGGCUUUAAGAAGCGAGGCCCAGCUUUCUUCCUGGCGCCUCGCCCUGCGGUUUGGUCGCUGCAUUUGGGCCUUGGCACCUAGUGCUGGAGACCAAACCCAGGACCUUUGGUGUGCUAAGCAAGUGCUCUACCUCUGAAUGACAUCCCCAGCCCUAAUUGAUUCUAAUGUAAUUCUGUUUUGGUCACAGAAAAUAUAUUAUUUCAGUCCUUCAAA